AUGGCAUCUGGACUCUCAGAGCUCUUUAAAAGUGCGGCGCAAGAGCUUCCACCAAUCGAAAGCAACCAAUUCGGUGCUAAAUUCGACGUCUUUGGAAACUCGCGCCUAGUUCUUAUUGGUGACGGAAGCCAUGGCACAUCUGAGUUCUAUCGAGCGCGCGCGGCCAUCACGAAGCGCUUGAUAGAGGAGCACGGGUUCACCCACGUGGCCGUCGAAUGCGACUGGCCGGACGCCCGCUCCAUCGAUCAUUACGUGCGCCAGCACUCGCGGCGGUCGAAAGACGUUCCCAUCCGCGUCUUCGACCACUUUCCGCGCUGGAUGUGGCGAAACACCGAAGUCCAAGAAUUCAUAGACUGGCUGCGCGAUCACAACGCGCGCCUGCCCAAGCACGAGCGCACCUCCUUCAACGGCCUAGACCUCUACAGCAUGAGCGCCUCCGUGCGCGCCGUUCUCGAGUAUCUCGAGCGCGUGGACCCCUCGCUCGCCAGCGACGCGCGGAAGCGGUACUCAUGCCUCGUCCCGUGGCUCAAGGACCCAUCCUCAUACGGCCUCGCAUCCGCACACUCGCGCACCGCAGCCUGCGAGCCAGGCGCCGUCGCAAUGCUAACGCAAUUACUCGCGGAACGACUAAAACUAGCCUCGCACCCGGACAACGGCGAGGCCUUCCUGGACGCCGAGAUGAACGCGCGCGUCGUCCGCGACGCCGAGCGGUACUACCGCGCCAUGUACGAGGCCGCCUCCUCGUCGUGGAACGUGCGCGACGCGCACAUGUUCGCCGUGCUAUCGCGCCUCUUAAAACUGUCCCCCGGCUCCAAGGCCGUGGUAUGGGCCCACAACUCGCACCUGGGCGACGCGCGCGCCUCGAGCAACGGCCAGGACCGCGGCGAGUUGAAUUUAGGACAGCUGUGCCGGGAGGCCUUUCCCGGCCAGGUCUCCGUGAUCGGGUGCGGCACGCACGCGGGCACCGUGGCCGCGGCGCACGAGUGGGACGAGCCGAUGCGGGUCAUGGACGUCGUGCCCUCGCGCCCGGACAGCUACGAGCGCGCGCUGCACGACACGGGGCUGCCGUCCUUCCUCGUCGACAUGCGCCGCCUCGAGACCCCGCCCAUGCUGCAGCGCUUCAUCGGCGUCAUCUACCGCCCCGCCACCGAGCGGUACAGCCACUACAUCGAGACCAUCCUCUCCGAGCAGUACGACGCCUUCGUGUGGUUCGACCGCACGACCGCCGUCCACGCCUUCGAGACCGCGCAGCCGAAGGAGGCCAUUUCCAAGGGGGAGACGUAUCCGUUCGGUGUGUGA